GAUUGAAUGAAUCACUGAAUGUAUAGUUUGAUAGUCUAUGUUAUAGACCUAUACUGUACUACUGUAUAGUCUAUAGAGUCUAUAGUACUGUAUAUAUGAUUGAAUUGAUGACAUCCGCCGCCAAAAGUCAAUCGUUUUAAUACCAUUUAAGUCGUUAUCAAGACAUCACAUUUGAUCCAAUAAUGACCGGAACUCCAGUUAAACAAGAGAGUGAUCAAAACAAUGGACACGAAGAUAAUGAUAAUCAAUAUGAAGAACAAAAUGAUGUCAAUAUGAAUGACAAUCAAAACAAUAUCGUUAAGAAUGAGACAAAUGAUGAGACAAACGGCACAAAUGAUAACAAAAACGAUGAAACAAAAAACAGUGACGAAGACAAUGAAGAACCCGAACAGUUUAGGAAGUUAUUCAUCGGUGGUCUCGAUUACAAAACAACUGAAGAUACUCUUCGACAACAUUUCGCUCAAUGGGGAGAAAUUGUAGACUGCGUUGUGAUGAGAGAUCCGACUACUAAAAGGUCGCGAGGAUUUGGAUUUAUUACUUAUAGUAAAGCAUCGAUGGUUGACUCAGCACAGGCUUCAAGACCUCACAAAGUCGACGGAAGGGAAGUGGAACCCAAGCGAGCCGUUCCCAGAGAGGAUUCAGGCAAACCUGAAGCUCAGGCGACUGUUAAGAAAGUGUUUUUAGGCGGUCUUAAAGAGGAUAUCGAAGAAAAUGAUUUAAAAGAUUAUUUUGUAGAGUUCGGUACAGUUGUUAACGUGAAUAUAGUGACCGAAAAGGACACCGGAAAGAAACGAGGCUUUGCUUUCGUUGAGUUCGAUGAUUACGAUCCGGUCGACAAAAUUGUCCUUAAGAGACAUCAUGUUAUUAAAGGCAAGAGAACCGAAGUGAAGAAAGCUCUCUCAAAGCAAGAGAUGGACACAAUGAAGAGGAAAACUGAACAAAGAGGAAGUAAUCCAAGAGGUGGACAGGGAGGCAGAAAUGCACCCGUUUGGGAAUCAGGUCCCGGCAAUUAUGGAGGUGGAUAUGGCGGUGGUUAUGGCGGUGGACAGGGAGGAUACGGUGGAUAUGGUGGAGGAUAUGGACAAAAUAAUUAUGGAAAUCAAGGAGGCGGUUGGAAUCAAGGAGGUGGUUAUGGAAUGAGAGGAGGCGGCGGCGGCGGAGGUGGUGGUGGAGGAGGCUGGAGCAGUGAUUACAGUUCAAAUUAUGGUAACAGUUAUGGCGGCGGUCCCGUAAGAGGAGGCGGUAAUUACUCGCAGAGAGGGAGUGGACCAUAUGGUGGAGGUUAUGGCAGUGGCAGCGGAGGCAACUAUGGAGGUGGAGGAGGAGGUGGAAACUAUGGCAGGAGAUAAACAAUAAUAUUAAUUCUUGGGGAUUUGUGUCAGAAAUAACAGGCAAUGAGUGAGAAAUAAGGCUAAAGAGAGACAAAAGCAUUUAAAUGAGAACUUCAGAUAGAGAUCAGACACUGAAGUGAUAGUCAUUUGUGAAUUGAAGUCAACCUUAUCGUGACAGUGAACAGACAGACAGUGACAAUGAUAUGAAAUGAAACUAUCAAUAGAUUGAAUCAAUUGCUUAAUUAAUCUGACAGUAAUUCCCAAGAAUUGAUUAUAUUGUCGACCAGUAAUUCACCAAAUUUUUCAUCACUUAAUCGUCUUUUAUUAUAAUUAAGUUAAAUACAAACAAGACAUACCCCUUAAAUAAUUAUCAUUUGAUUGCAUUUAAUCCCAUUUAAAUGAUUAUUAAUUAAUUGUAAACUAUUUAUCAUUAAUCUAAACAUUAAUAUUGCACAUCAUCUUAAAACACAUCUUUAUAUCUUAAUAUUAUAAUUAUUUCUAUUAUUA